AUGAUGUUCGAAGCACAGAUUGGGAAAACAAUGGAGGUAUACGUUGACAAUAUGCUGGUUAAGUCUGAGCAAGUCGCAGAUCAUGUUCGUAAUUUGGGAGAAACAUUUAAGAUCCUCAGGAGCUACAAUAUGAAGCUGAACCCACUAAAAUGUGCAUUUGGGGUGGCUUCCAAGAGGUUCUUGGGAUUCAUGGUCAACAGCAGAGGUAUCGAGGCCAAUCCAGGAAAAAUAAAGGCCCUUUUGGAUAUGAGGUCGCCUGUAAGAAUGAAGGACGUGCAGAGCCUAACCGGCCAGGUCGCUGCACUAAGCCGAUUUAUCUCCAAGGCAACCGACAAGUGCAUCCCUUUCUUCAAUACGUUGCGAAAAGCCCAAGGUUUCAGUUGGAGUGAGGAGUGUGAGCUCGCCUUCCAGCAGCUGAAGGAGUAUAUGGGGCAAGCUCCGCUACUUUCAAAACCCCGAGAUGGGGAAAAACUGGUGAUCUACCUAGGAGUGUCGGCGCAUGCUCUCAGCGCAGCCUUGGUUCGGGAGGAGGAAGGGGUGAAAUACCCCGUUUAUUAUAUUAGCAAGAGGUUGGUGGACGCAGAAACGAGGUACACAUCGAUGGAGAAGCUCGCAUACUGCUUGGUCAUAGCAUCGAGGAAAUUACGUCCAUAUUUCCAGGCCCAUCAGAUCGAUGUUCUAACUAAGUACCCCUUGAGGCAGAUUUUGCAGAAGCCAGACACAUCGGGCCGCCUGCUGAAAUGGGCAAUUGAGCUCGCUCAGUUCGACUUGGAAUACAAACCAAGAGUGGCAAUCAAGGGGCAGGCACUAGCGGAUUUUAUCGCUGAAUUCACUGAAACGACCCGAGUAGAAGGAGAGACCUCGGAAGGACCGUCCUGGGAGUUGUACGUUGACGGGUCAUCGAGCGAGCAAGGAGCUGGGGCAGGAGUUAUGCUAAUAAGCCCGGAGGGCCACAGAAUACUAUGCGCCCUGCGAUUCGGUUUCCGAGCUACCAAUAACGAGGCCGAGUACGAGGCGCUGCUCGCAGGGCUGCGCUUGGCAAAGGAGGUGCGAGCUGAAGAACUGAUAAUUUUCAGCGAUUCCCAACUCGUUGUCAACCAAAUACGCGGGGAAUAUCAGGCGAAGGGGGUGAAGAUGGCAGCAUACCUGCUCAAAGUACGCGAACUUCUAAUUCCCUUCCAGAGGUUCGAAGUACGCCAAAUUCCAAGCUCUCAGAAUUCCCAUGCAGAUGCACUGGCUCGGCUAGCUACUGCGCGAGACAUAGAGUUUCUAGGGGCUAUACCAGUGGAGUUUUUAGCCACCCCUAGCAUGGAGCAACCGGCCGAGACGAUGGUGGUUCACGCAUCCCAGGGCUCAUGGAUGAGCCCCAUUCUGGAGUACCUACGGGAAGGAAAGCUACCGACAGAUAAACUAGAAGCGCGCAAACUGCGAGCUCGAGCCGUUCGCUACUGUAUCUACGAUGAGGUGUUGUAUAAACGAGGAUUCACAGCUCCAUUGUUAAGAUGUAUUGAGGGCUCUGACUGUCAGACCGUGCUGGAGGAAAUACAUGAUGGGCACUGCGGCAACCACACCGAGGCUCUGUCACUAGCCCAGAAGGCCCUUCGGCAGGGAUUCUAUUGGCCUAUGAUGAAACAAGACGCGAUCAACUUGGUGAAAAAGUGUGACAAGUGCCAACGGUUCGCUAAUGUCCCGCGGGCUCCAUCGGCCUACCUUCAACAGAUGAACAGCUCGUGGCCGUUUGCUAUCUGGGGUAUGGACCUGAUUGGGCCGCUCCCAACAGCUCGUGGCAAUUGCAAGCAUGCCAUCGUGGCAGUUGAUUACUUCACCAAAUGGGCCGAAGCGAAAGAGCUCGCUGAAAUCUCCAGCUCCAAGGUACAAAAAUUUGUCUGGAAUAAUAUCAUUUGCAGGUUUGGGGUCCCACAGCAGAUAGUCACAGACAACAGAACUCAAUUCACCAGCGAGCAAUUCAUCCAAUUCUGCGAGUCAUUGGGAAUCCAAAAGAGCUUCACGGCCGUAGACCACCCCCAGGCCAAUUGGCAGGUCGAAGCAGUCAACAAGAUAAUCAAGCACACCCUGAAGACGAAGCUGGAAGACAGGAAGGGCGCUUGGGCGGACGAACUACAAACGGUGCUUUGGGCGUAUCGGACGACAGCUCGAACUAGCACGGCUGAGACUCCUUUCUCGUUGGUCUAUGGGUCCGAGGCAAUGAUCCCAGCUGAACACAAGGUGACCAGUCAGCGAAGAGCCACCUUUAACCCGGAGGGAAAUGACGAACUCCUAGCCGCGAAUCUAGAUCUACUUGAGGAGGCUAGAGACACAGCUCGCCUACGGAUCGCCAUCUACCAGCAAAGGGUAGUGCGUUACUACAACAGAAAAGUUCGGCUCAGACGGUACAAGCUCGGAGAUCGCGUGCUACGCCUAGUACUCAUCGGCGCUCGAAAAGCCAGUGACGGCACGCUAGGCCCGAACUGGGAAGGACCUUUUGUUAUCCACAAGGACUUGGGAAACGGGGGAUACCAUCUGGCCAACGUGGAUGCAGCCGUCCUCCCGCGAGCCUGGAACGCGGAGCACCUCCGCCCCUACCAUCAGUAG